AUGUCCGCCGAAGCAAGCACCGCCCCGACCACUGCGCCGCAAGUUGCGAAGCCUCUGGGCAUGCGCAAGAACGGCAAGCAAUGGCACAUGCCGAAGAAGGCAUUCCGGCCGACUGCUGGACUCAAGUCCUAUGAGAAGAGGACCCAGGAGCGCGCCCUAAUUGCGCAGAUGAAGGCUAAGGAGAAAGAGAUGAAGGAGGAGAAGGAGGAGGCGCGAAAGCAAAGGAUCCAGGCCCUGAAGGACAAGCGAGCGAGAAAGGAGGAGAGAGAGAGAUAUGAGAAGAUGGCGGAGACGAUGCACAAGAAGCGGGUUGAACGCCUGAAGCGCAAGGAGAAGCGCAACAAGCUGAUCAACUCCUGA